UGCCGGUACCAUUUGACACGCAAUGUCGCGACAAACAAUGCGACCUUGGGUAUAAAACUGCCCAAUUUCCUUAUCAUAUAAGCAAUACCCGCAGGAAAGCAUCUUUGAAAUCCCUCGUAGUCAACUCCAUUUUACGUCAUGAGGUCCUUCGAGUCCAUAGCCAUCAUCGCUGCAGGGAUUUCUGCUACUUUUGCUCAGACAAUCGAGCUUGGGACUCCUAAAAACGGGGAGAACUUCUUUCCCGGCCAGGAAGUGACUGCUCAGGUCAUCCAACCGGAGUCCAUGGCGUCUUGCAUUCAGGUUGGCAUUGCCUUGGCAAUCAAUAACUGCGCGAACGACAUCUGCCCCGCCCCCGCAGAUGCGUUAGGAUCCGUGCUUUAUGCUGGCUCUUGGACCCCUGAGAACCACCAAGUUGGUGGUUCCUACCAGAACUUUACUGUCACUCUCCCCUCUUACCUUGCAGAGGGUCCUGCUAUCUUCACGCUCACGCAUCUGUGUCUUCUUGGGGCUGCUCCGUACCCGUUCCUUGAAUAUCGCAACGCAACAGUAAACAUCGUGGUGUGAACGAUGGACACUGAAGAAGGAUUUUAAAUGAUAUGAAAUCACAUGGAUUUAUUUACUGAACCUGGACUCGUAGUUUGUGUCUUCCUUACUUAUGUUGAUAUCGCAUGGAAAAUAUGUUGUCCGUUGUAUUUCAUUCGUUGCGCAGAACGCGUCUUGACCCUUGAGCAACGUAGUAAAUAUCUGCGGAGUCGCUGCGCAGGCGUUACUACAUGUUUACGGUAUGGAAGGUCCUUUGGAUCAACAACUUUGUUGAACUUAUUUAUGUCCUGCUUCCUGACCCGUUUAAUGUUUUGAAGUAUCAAGGGCC